AUGAAAAAAUCUCAAUUCAUCUCAUUGACCCAAUCAACUGACCAAAUUAACCAACAACAACAACAGCAACAGCAACAACAAAAUGCAAAUAUAAACCCAUUAUUACCACAACAACAGACAAUAUCGAACAACAUUGGCAAAACAAACUAUUGUUUAUUAAUUAAAGACUCAAUUGGAGAUGAUAGAUCAUUUACACUUAAAACAAUUCAAUCAAAUUGUCCAGAAUCUUUAGAGUUUAAUAUUAAAUCAUUUAUUUAUCAAAAGAUUACAAAAAAUAUGAUUUAUAAAUCUGGUUCAUUUGGUACAAUUGAAACAAAUAUCAAUAAUAAUAAUAAUAUAAAUAAUGAAAAUAUAAAUGAAGACGAAAACAUUAAUGCCAACGAUAAUAAUAAUAAUAUUAAUAAUAAUAAUAAUAAUAACAAUAACAAUAACAAUAAUAAUAGUAAUAAUAGUAAUAAUAGUAAUAUUACUAAUGAUAAUAAUAAUAACCAAGAAACUACCAAUAGUAAUACAAACAAUAGUACUUCACCAAACAAUAAUAUAAAUCAAAAUAAACCAUUUACAUUAUCAUGCUUUUAUACAUUAAUCGAAGUGCCAAUAAAUAAAUCAACAUUAAAUAAUAGCGAUAGCGAAGAAAAGAAUUCGGCAAAUGAAAUUAGUUUAAUUGAUGAAGAGUUAAUUUUAAAGAAUAAUAAAUUUCAAGAUGAAUUAGAGAAUUUAGAUAAUUUAGUAGAUUUUUCAAUUAAUGACGAUAUAGAUGAUAUUGUGAAUGACGUUUUAGAGGGAAAUACAUCAACAAGCUCACCAAUAAAAUCAAAAACCAAAAUAGAAUUUACCAAGGAAUAUUAUUUAUGUCUAGUUUGUGAAACUCAAAGUGAUGUAAAUUUUGGAAUGUUUCAUUUAGAGCUUACCGAAUUUUGUGCAUCUUUAAACGGACUUAUCAAAGACACCAAUAACAUCAGUCCAACAAUUCAAACAAAACUUUCAAACUGGUACUCAACUUGUAUAGACUACAUUUCAAGAGCAAUUAGAAUAUUGGACAACAAUCUAUCAUUUAUUAUCUAUGCAACAUUAUCAGGUAACAUAUUUAAGAUUAAAGGUUCAAAAUCAAAUGUUGAUGAUAUUAUCAGUUUUUUAAAAACUAUCAGCAUUGUAAAUUUAUCAACUAUUGAAUUAAACCCAAACGAAUUUUUAAUUAAACCCGACGAAAAUCAAAAUCAGCAAGAUAACAGCAACGAAUAUUUUAAUGAUACUUCUGAUCAAAAUAAUAAUAGUAGUAAUGAUAACGAUAAAGAGUUUUUAAUAGAAAUCGAAGAAAAUAGUAAUGAAAAUAGUAAUGAUAAUAGUAAUGAUAAUAGUAAUAAUAAUAGUAAUAAUAUAAAGCUAAAUUUAAAUAAAAAGAAAGAAAACACCAAUAAUUCGAUUAUUUUAAGAAAUCUUUCAGAAGAAAUGAAGCUUAGAGUAAUUCAAGAAUUUAAUAUGUUUAGAAGAAUGAUUGAUUUAUCAACUUUAAAUAAUUAUCUUUUAUAUAAAUCAUUCCUUUUCCUAAAGUGCAGCGACAAUAGUGAUAUUUUAUUAUAUCUUUUAAAGAAAGACAAUAUCAAAGAAAUCCAAGAUAUAUUAGUGGUCUUGGAACAACAAUUGGAACAACAACAAUCAACAACUUAUAAAUAA